GAUGUUCACACACGAUCAUUGUGUUUGAUGGUUCACCUUGGGCAGGCUUUCAGCGCACUUUUAGUAGUGCAGCAACACGUUGGAGAAUACAAGAGGGUCGCAUCAGACCAAUAUAUCAUUGCACAGGUGAAAGAUCUGGCUUCGAUUGACAUUACGAGCAUCAGGACCCUAGACAUAUUGUAGCUGAAUGGUCUUUU